UUCAAAUUCAUUGACUUUUACUCAUUUGCCCAUCACUUCCGAUAUUUCAAAAUCAUCUCCUCUGGCCAUUUUCUCAUCCUUCAUCCCUCUCUCUCUCUCUCUCUCUCUGUGUCUCUCUGGGGUAUGCAUAUAUACAAUAACAUUUACAUAUAAAAGCGUCAAACGCACCGUAUCAAGCAGAGAUCAUGACCAUGGACCGACCGCAACCGAGCUCAGACUCCCCGACCCGAGAGCCCAAAUCCCCUGUGGUGCUGUCCAUCGAAUGCCUCAAAGGCAGCUCCAAAGCCGACGAGUGGACUGGAGACAUGCUCCAGACCGGAGACAUCGUCGAGGAGCUCCGCAUCGGCAGCUCCGUCACCGUCAAGUCGCCGUUUAAGAACGGAAAGAGCGGCGUCCAGAAGAUCCUCCACGCCUCCUUUAAAGCCAAGGACACUUCUAUCCUCGUCAAAGUCCGACGCGGUCGAGACGAGUUCGCGGAGUUGCAGGCGUGCAUCGUCCCGAACGACUCUGCCGGUCGGGGCAAGCAGUACAUGCUCAGGUCCAUUGCCGACCCCAAUUAUACCGUCGGCUUCUGCGAUCGCACGGAGGCCGACUGCUUCGAGCUCCAAGCUUCCAGGAACUCGAGGAUGGUGAGUGCACUGACAAGAGGUAGGCUUCAAGAUGGGUAUGUCUCAUAUCCAUGGGAAAGGAGAAUGCAGGAGAUGCUAGCAGUUCCCCAUUCUAGUGGCUUUCUAUCUGUCCUCUUCCUUCCAAAGGCUUCAGAUCGAUCUGCUUCUCGCUACAACGACUUGGAGGACACCCUUGCUAGGGCUAAUGUCUGGCUCAUUGCCUCCCAGGCCUCCGGCGUCCCCGUCGUCUUCAUGAACAUCCAGACUGAGUCCCUCCUUACAAAGAUUUCUGGAGAGACAGCUUCUUCCACUGUAAAUGCAGGGUCAUUAUCUGACUUAGCUGAUCUUGCAAGCGCAAGCUUAUAUGGUUUUGAAGAUUACCAUGGGGUUGACAUUGGUGUAGUCCGAGCCGUUCGACUUUGGUAUGCUCCUCUUGGGGGUGAAAUCCCUAUGGAGAUCAAAUUACAAGAAGGUGAUUUUAAGCUUGGCUUCGCCAUUAGCCGCACAGAAGAGGGGUUUAUAUACAUUUCAUCAGUCGUAGAUGGUGACGAAAACACACCUUCAAGCCGAUCGGGGCUGAGCAAUUUGUACAAGGAAGCAAUGGAGGCAUCAAGGCUGCUGGUGGUCUCAAGGGUCUCAAACCAGAAGGUGCUCCCUUGGAUGGUUUCUUCAACCGGAGCAGUUCGAUGCUUUGACACCAUUUCGCUCAGCCAGAAGCUCUCCCUCCACCGGCAUGCCAAGGUUCCUAUUUCCAUGCAUGUCUUCAUGUGGGAUCGAGCCGUUGUUUCUCCAAGUGCAGGCCAAACCAGGUUCAGGAGCACCGCCUCUCCCCCGCCAGUCAUCCCAUUGCCGCCUGAGGUUCAAUUGGCUAGACAACCAAAUGAGAACCAAAUACAACCUCUUCCACAAGAAGUGUUUGAUGAUGAAAGUAGCAGUGAAGGUGUCUCCCAGAGAUUAUCAGAGGUCAGGCUUGAGAGAGAUACAGCUGGAGAAUCCUCUUUUAGGUUCCAUGAUUUUGCACUUUCUAGCAAUUGGGCCAAUUAAUUGGAAGAAAUUUGAAGGGGCUGUUUUAAGAGUAGAAUGGCCUGCUGUUGAUAUUGAAGGCACUAAGCCCAAAAACAAACAGCCCAUUCUUUAACCAUCUUUGAAAAAAGGUAAAGCACGCUCCCAUUGGCUGGUUCGUAGUGCUACGGAUCGAGGAACCACGGCCCUCGAUUUUAAGACUUAUCAACGGCUCAGAUUCUCCCGCCUCUCCUCCUCCAAAAUUUUUCACUGGAAACACAAAAUUUCGAAGUUCCCGCGAUUCCUCUCCCCAAA